GAAAAACGUGGACAUCAUCCUACAAGGAACGGUGCGAAUCGUGUUCAAUAGCGAAAGUACCCAAGCACAAUAUCUACGCGUCUCAACGACUAAGAAGAACGAUAUAUCUCCGCUCCGUACGAAGUAUUAUAAUAAUAAUAAUAUUAUUAUUAUUAUUUGAAAUCAUCAUCGUCAGUCACACUCGAGAAGCCAUCAUGAAAUUGACAAUCGCAGUAGUAAGCUGUAUGUUGGUCGGUCUAGUCAGCUGUCAACAGUUUCAACCCACGACUCCUAUCCCCAUUGUCCGAUAUGAAAACGAUGGAGUGAAUUUUGAUGGAUCUUAUAAAUGGGCAUACGAAACCGGCAAUGGCAUCCAAGCCCAGGAGAGCGGUUCCGUGCAACCGGCACAAAAUCCCAACGAAUCAGUGCUGAACGUCGAGGGUGGCUACUCUUACACAGCUCCAGAUGGUACACCAAUCAGCGUCAAAUACGUCGCUGGUCCCCAGGGAUUCGUUCCAGUCGGUGACCACCUCCCCACACCACCACCAUUACCGCCAGCAAUCGCCAAGUUGCUCCAAUUCCUCGCCACUCAGCCGUCCACACCGGAACCAGCUUACAACAAAAUUAAGUAAACGUCCGACACAGCUCAAACGUCAUUCCCCCAACACGUAUACCGUGUGAUUACGAGCAAUCGUCCACCUGUCGAUUCGUCGUAUCACCCGCUUAUACUUAAGUUGCAUAUAUAUGUUAAUCUGUAGAACUACUGUCAUUAUUUAUUUUCACUUUCAUUUAAAUUCAUUUUUUUUUUACUUUUAUUUGUUAUUUGUUAUUUACCCUUCUUUAUACUUCGGAAGUAUGCCAUGGAAAAUGUACUUCGUGCAUAUAAUAUUGCGUUCGAUUCUAAUUACGUAUUAUUAAUUAGAUAUUGAUUUUUUUGUAAUAAAAUUGAACUUAUAUUACACA